AGUGUUGCGUUGUAAAUUCUAUAAUCUGCGAGUCGUUGGAGAGAUCAGCGACGUCUGCGAGCACUCGGGAAGCGACCAAGGCAGCGUGAUACUGUUACACUGUUAUCAGACAUUUGUCCCUCAGCAAUGGGAGUGUUAUUGUUCCUUCGUUAGAGAGAGGCGGAUAAUGCAGUGGAUCCCGGCUGGAGAAAAUGAGCGACCUGGUGGCUGUGUGGGAGGUCGCGCUCAGUGACGGCAUCCAUAAGAUCGAGUUUGAACAUGGGACCACGUCGGGCAAGCGGGUUGUGUACGUGGACGGGAAGGAGAUCAUCCGGAAGGAUUGGAUGUUUAAGCUGGUGGGGAAGGAGACCUUUCCAGUGGGGGCUUCUCAGACAAAGGCCACGAUUAACAUUGAUGCAGUCAGUGGAUUUGCGUACGAGUACACACUGGAGGUGAACGGGAAGAGCCUGAAGAAGUACAUGGAGAACCGGUCUAAGACCACCAACACUUGGGUGGUACACGUGGAUGGAGAGGAUUGCCGGGUGGUUCUAGAGAAGGACACGAUGGACGUCUGGUGUAAUGGCAAGAAGAUGGAGACUGCGGGCGAGUUUGUAGAAGAUGGCACCGAAACUCAUUUCAGUAUCGGGGAUCACGACUGCUGCAUCAAGGCUGUGAGCAGCGGCAAACGCAGAGAAGGCAUCCUCCAUAUGCUGAUCAUGGAUGGCCGAGAGAUACCGGAGAGCGUAGAGUAACUCUCGCACCAUGUAUCUCUAAGUAAUAAUCAGGGAAUCGUACUUCUGUGUAACCUCUAGCACUGUGCGUAGUGCCCCUGGGGGGUGUAGAUGGCUAGUGCCCUUUUCCCCAUAUGCGUGUGGUUAUCUAUUGCUGUACUGUACUUAGACCAUAUGGAAUAUGAGGUUUCUGGAUAGGGGUUAUGUAGUUAUUCCUAAUCCAAGUCUGCCCUUUCCUAUCAUGUUGUUCAUUGGGUGCUGACAUGGGGAGAGGUUACUCAUUAAAAGGAUUCCGAAAUUUAGGUUAAAGAGUCAGAGAUUAGGGUGUUUCUGGGAGUCAGGUAUAUGACCUGUUCUGAGGAUGGAGGCUGAUCUCACGGCAGAUACGAGCUGCGAUUCCCAGGUGCCAGGGGCAAACAGCUAGUGUAAUUCCUGUAACCAGCUGUGAGCUCUGGGCCCAGGAGCUUUCACCUUUUGUACGGAUGUUUGUCAGUAGAAGGCUUAGAUCAUACUUCUACACUGUAAGACGACUUAUGUAGUUACCGGACUUCUGACAGAUGCACUGAAGGCAAAUAUUUGUGUGUCAAAUGCGGACAUGAGAAAUAUCUGCAGAAUAUCCGGGCGAUUGUAGAGCCCAGCUCCUGUAAAAUGGUCAUGCAGGACAUGUCUGCUUAGUGAAACAUUCGCUAAAGCCCAGUUCCCAUAAUCUGGUCACACAGGACACGUCUACUUGGUGAAACGUACGCUAAGAGCACAGUUCCCGUAAUACGGCCACGCAGGACAUGUCUGCUUGGUAAAACGUAUGCUAAAAGCCCAGUUCCAUAAUACGGUCAUGCAGGACACGUCGACUUGGUGAAACGUAUGCUAAGAGCACAGUUCCCGUAAUACGGCCACGCAGGACAUGUCUGCUUGGUAAAACGUAUGCUAAAAGCCCAGUUCCAUAAUACACUCAUGCAGGACACAUGUACUUAGUAAAAUGUACGCUAAGAGCAGAGUUUGCAUAAUAUGGCCACGCAGGACAUGUCUGCAUGGUAAAACGCAUGCUAAAAGCCCAGUUCCAUAAUACGGUCACGCAGGACAUCUGCUUGGUGAAACGUACACUAAUGUUCUCACAAUGCAGAUUCAUUUAGCCACACAAAACCCUUUCCUGUAUGUCAGGAUCCUGAGUUUUGUCUCCGUAAAACAUCCUGGAGUUUAGUGGAGUCAUCUGAGCCCACGGUCGGGGUGCAACUUGGAUCCAUAGAACAUGAUACAAGUGUGUGCGAGAUAUUUUCAUGUAUAAAUGUUACAUACAUUUUAUGAUGUAAAUAUUUCAACAUCUGUUUUAGGAUUUUGAUACUUUUAAUUAUUCCUAGAAAUUUCCGGUUUUAUUGUUGAAAUGUGUUUCUUUUCAUGUCUCUUUACACUCUGCUGUAUAAUAUUAAUUAUUUUCCACUACACGUUUCGAGUUUUCAUAGUUUUCCAGGGGUUGGAGACCAGUGGUUUACAGCACACGUGAGCCUAUAAUGUGAAGAUUUCUUAUAUGAUAGGACAUGCUCUGUUCAGUUCUAGCUGACUGUAAUGUGGAAUUAAACCAAUAAACAUAUUUUGCUAUAUAUUACAGGAGGGUAAACUUACUGAAUCAGAAAGGUGUUCAGAUUAUUCUCCGGUAGAGCUGCCAUAAAUCUGUAAAAGUCUGUCCCACGUCACUUUUCAUAAAUAAACUACACUGGUAUUAGAA